GGUUACGAAAAGAUCCCUUCAAUAUGGCAGAGAAAAAAUCGGUCCAUUUCUCGAGUAUUUUAGAGGAAACACUGAAUGGUAGUUCAACUGCAAGCUCUGAAGUUGACGCAAUUUCCUUCACUCUUGGUGGAAUGGAUUUUGAGGAAGUACAUAUUGCUAGUUUGUCAAGAAGUGCCCAAAAAUACCGUGUUCCGGCUGCCGACACUGAUGAGCAAAGAACUAGGCCUCGAAGGCGAAAAGUAUCCUUACUGACGUUUGGUUUCAUCUUUCUGCUUGGCAUUGGAGGAUUGUCAAUCUAUUUCAUUACGCGAGAAUUGAGCAAUAGAGAGAGGAACAGUAACAGUAAAAAAGUCGGUGACAAAGAAACGGGAGUCUUGGCUGAAAACACCGUUUUACAAGGAAAUUUUUCACUUUCUCCACAAGCGACUCGCAUAAGGAAUUCCUCUUGGAGGGGUAAGUGUUAUUCCUUAUUGUCUUGUCCAAUUCAGAUUAAUGAAUUGAACUAAAGUAGCAAACGAUUUAUUGAUUCAUUUCACCUCUAUGAAUUGUUAAGCCUUCCCCUAAGAUUGAACCUCCAUCUAUCUGUACAUCAGCUAGAAAAAAAGUAAAGAGUGCUUAAUCAGGGAUUCAUAUAAUUGCUUACAACCACCGUGCUAAAACCGACACCUGACAAAAAGAACUAUUUACGGCGAAAAAAAAAAAAAAAAAAAAGCUUAAAGCAAUUUACAAAGUUGCAGGAAAAGAAAAAAAAAAAGCUUAAAGCAAUUUACAAAGUUUGCUUCGAAUAAUUGAGAAGUAAUUAUUAGUUUCUUAUUUUCUACACUGCAGAAUUUUUUUCUUUCUGAUGUUGGUAAUCACACAUAAACAAAGCCUCUGAAUACGUGAAUAAGGUUUAGUAUCUGAUAAGAAUUUGUGUAUAAAUGUUGGAAUCUUAGUUUAAUCAAAUAAAAUGAUGCGCAUUAGUAAAUAAAAAAAAGCACAAAAAUGUUCAGAAACUUUCCCGGUAAUUGAAAACUUUAAUGAGAUGAUUAGGCUGCAGAUAUGAAACUCAAAUAUCCUUUUUUUAGCAAACAAUUGAGGCACUUUUUGAGCAAUUCGUUGUAAGCCCUCAAAGUGAGGUUUUGUUACUCCCCACAUUGCGGUAAUGUGUUUCCGUUUUGACAUUUGCCAUAGUGAGCAAUAUUUGCUUUCUUAUACAGCUUAGGAGCACCUGUCAGCUGGUGAACCCCUUAAUUAACACUUUUUAGCACCUGCAUUAUUACACGAUGCACGAGCAGCCAUAUUGUUAACAGUGAUAGCAGAGUGCUCUAAUGAAACACUUUGUCUUAAGUUUUAGAAACCAGUAACAAGUACAUCCCUGCAUUUUCUGUGAGACCAUCGCCAAUUUGUCUAGACCACACGAGGUUGCAAACAACCAUGAAGGUUCAAAUGUCGUCAGGUUUAUCCACUGAGACUGUACCAGGAAAACAAACAACAACCUCCGCUCCAAUUGUCUCAACAUUAGUGUCAAGAAGUGCGCCUUCCCAUUCCCUUCUACACGUAAGACAAGAGUAUUCUCCUCUUCUAAAGACGACAGAAAAAACCAAUACAUCUUCGGGCACUCAAUUCUCCAGAUUCCAUGAACUAACAUCUAGCGGCUUAAGUGUACAUGGAGGCCCUGCAUCGUCCAAAGAAUUUAUCCCCAACAUCGCCGCUUCACAGUCUAUCGACGACAGCAGAGCAAAAAUGUUUAACUCUAUCGUCACUGUUUCACCUCAGUUCACAGCUAAAACUAGUGAAAGUGUAAGGGAGAAAGUCUUCGUAAUCUCAAGCCCAGGAAAGACUGGAGAUGGAACAAAAGAACUUCAGCAAACAAGGAUCUUCACAUCGGUGAGAGACAAUGGGUUGUUUUCCAGUAUUGGAAACGCAACGGCUGAGAGUUUGAAAGGAAAGUACCUCAAUCGAUCGGAAGUUAUGAUAACCUCCGAGUCAGCACAGUCGACGAGUCACACGGUCAAAAAUAGCAAUGAGAAAAGCGUAUCCUCGACAAAAAUUAUUUCUUCAUGGUCGCAAUUAAUGACCCAGGUACAGCAAUUUCUGUCUCUUUCGCCACGACAGUCAAGAGGUCAAAGUUCUCUGAAAACUUCAAUACCAGGUAGUUCGACGACCAUGGUCAAAUGGAGUCAAUUUGCACCGCUGUCCCCGCUAAUACCGACUUCAGCAAUCGAAGUUUCUUUCCAUAGUGAAGACCAGUCCAGCAGUUUACGUCAGGAUUUAUCAAGCACUGCAUCUUUCCCCUCUCUGACUACUACGCGCAGUGAAAUGCCUGCCACAAUAAGGAAAACCCACGCAACGAAACACACAACUUCAGCAACAGCUUCUUCCCGCUUGCACGUUAUAAAUAAUGAGGUAACUGAGGGCGAUACAUCCACAACAAUUAAAAAAAUCAACGCUACUAAAAACACAGUGGUAGCAUCAGCAACCGUUUCUUCCCUCUUGUACGCGAUAGCAAGCAAAGAUGUAACCGAGGCGUCAGUCUUUCUUUCUUUACUCCAUUUGCCCAAAAAGAGUUCGGGAACAAUGAAAAAAAUCCUCGCUACUAAACGCACAACGGGGAGUUCGGCAACUGAUUCUCCCCAGACCACAACAAGUACGAAGAUAACCGAAGCAUGGAAAAGCGAUGAUGGUAAUGGUAAAACAUCGUUUGCCGGACGAUUGACAAUGAGUUCCUUGAACACUUUGACCCUCUCGCCCUACUUCACUGGUGAUAAUGCACUGAAAAUUAACGACAGUGUCUCAACGCAAACGCCUCGGAAAACUUCUACCUUACUUCUAUCGAUGACUCACCUACCUACGAACACAACAUCAACUUACAGCAAACUGAAUAUCAGGCUUGGAACUCUUUCGUAUGCAUUCGUAACGAAAGCAACGGUAACUCGUUCAAGAUCAAUGCAGGUGUCGUUAUUUUCAAGGCCCUCUUCUUCGUUGCAAUUGGUCUCGAAGGUUUCCCGUCGGAGAAAACACCGAACUCCAACAACUAUAACUUCUGAUGCACCUUUUAGUUACACUAACUCAGACUUGAAUAGCCACACUUUGUCAACUUGGACAAUCUUUUAUCUUCAUAGCAACUUCGAACGUCCAGGAACUGUUACCCCUCAUGCAACCUCAGCAACCUCAAGUACUUUAGGCAAGACUAGCGCCACUUUACACGCUGUCCAACGCUUAUCAACGGUCACAAUAGACUCAAGAGUCACAAGGAUUCCUCCUAUCGCAGCGUCUGCUCCUGCGCAUCAUAAGACGACAGAGGGCAUGAAGAAAAGUCGUUCCAGUCAACAAACACUUUCCUCCAGCCUGGCUAGAAAACUUGUAACACCAUUUUCGUACACAUUGGGCGAAGGUUCCAGAGACACACCAACGCCUUCAAAUACCAAAAGAAUUGUUAUGAACGUCACAGCCAUACCGUCUUAUGAAAGAUUCACAUCACCCUCCAAUAUAAACUCUCGGCAUACUACAUUGAAACUGGUGACUUAUGAGCCACUAGCACUCAGUUCUUCCUUUUUACAACGGAAUUCAAAGAGUAAGGUCCAAGAAAAUCAAUUAACUUACCAAAGACCUUCGGUCUGUAACACAUCAUUUCAUCAGACAUUCCUUACAAGCCACGUAAGAAGCCUCAAUGGUAGUCGCAUUUCUAUCUCCACAUCACCGUCCGUAGCGAUAUCUACUAAGCUAAACACUUCAGCUGUUCAGUCUACACUAAUAAACCAUUCUUUCAGAAGAUCCAGUAGCAUUUCAAUAAACAGCUCUUUGCCCACCGUCUCCAUGAAGUCUUUUUCAUUUUCAGUAAACUUGUCUGCAGUUGGCACUCUUGCAUCAAAAUAUAGCUACAUUCAGUUUCUGCAAGUGUCACACUCAAGAAACAACACAAUUUUAUAUCCAACCAUUUUGGAGCAAACAACAAUGAUCCCUCCGGUGACCUCAAAUUAUUCAACUCCAAUUAAAGUCAUGGACGGUUCACUAAUUAUAAAGGACAAAAGGUACCACACCAAUCUAUCAAACCCCAACACAACGAUGUUCAAGACUUUAGCAGAUGAGAUUGAGACUAUCAUCAUGCGCAUAAUUUCUUUCAAUAACACGGAUGUAUUGCGAGUCGAGGUAACAUCCUUUAAGAAUGGAAGCGUUGUGGCAUAUUUCGCCUUAACGGUGAAGUAUGAUUCGCCAUUCAAUGACCAGGAGUUUGCAAAUCUUUUAAGAGAAGCCAAUGGUACUCUUUGGCGUGGUUAUCUUGUGACUAACAUAACUGUAACUUUGAGAACCGUCGAAAAGGGAUCACAUGGGCGUUCACAUGAUCAAGAGGAGGCAAGACUAUCUACACCUACCAUCAUUGCCAUACUUUCAGUGCUCGCGGUGUUGUUAGUUGCUGUGGGAGGAUUUGGAGUUUACGUUUGUAAAAAGAAGGGCCUUUGUCCCAAGUCAAGAGUUAAACCUGUCAAGUAAGUACUAGGCUACAGCUAAAAAGAAAAAAAAAAUGUUAGGAAAAAAAUGAUAACUUCUGAAAGAUUGCUUUAAAUUUUCGGGGGCUGUAGAGAAAUAAUGGGGAGAGUGACGGAAAUUUUCGAGUUGAAAUAUUGAACUAAAUGCCAUUUUGGGGGCCGAGUGCCGGAAUAAUUAAUAGAGAAUACCAUUGUUGAAAUGCGUAGUCCACCUGAGCAAUACCACAAAAACUCGAUUACCAAGUAAUGUACGGGCUACCUUGUUCACGUCAACACAUUAGUCAGUUGUGCAUAAUAAAGGCAGCAGUCCGGCGGAACCAGUUAAAUAUUUUGUUCUUUAGUCUUAGUUAAGAAAAAACAUCAUGUUCAUGUUGCAUUUUGGUAAAUAAGGAACGAAGUAUACGUAUGUGAGCCAUUGUAACGGCAAAUAUCUAACAUUUGAAAACAUACAUUGUAGUUCAGUGAAGUUUCCCUACGGGUUAAUACUAUAAGGGGUAAAUACCAUAAACAGAACAAAUACAUAUAUUUCUUAUUCUUGUUUCUAUCUAAAUUUUAAGUUCGCCGAUCCCUCCAUCAGAUCAAGAGAAGAUACAGACAGUUCACCGUGAUCAUGCUUGGGUAACGAACGAUGAGCCUUUUUUAAACGCCAACGCGCCAACUGACCCUAACGAUAAAAGAGAAACAUUAAGUAUGACAGUCUUGGAAAGAGAAGAAAAGCAACCAGAAGAAAACGAUAACACAAGAGGGAAAAAGUCUAGUAGUUGAAUCUACGGAGACUGUUUUUGAGGAAGACUAUGACAAAACUGAUCAUGACGCCGCCAGUCGCCCCUCGUAAGGGAAUCCAAGACGGUCUUGAAUUCUGGAUUUCACGCCGUGGAUUCCGGAUUCCAGGUACUGGAUUCUAGUGUUCUCAAUGGAACAUGGAUUCUGGAUUCCAAUAGUGAGUGCAUGGGGUUACGGAUUCCUUGAGCUCAAUUCCAGAUUCCAAAGCCCAGGUUUCCAGAUUUCCCGGGUAAAAUUUUCCCCGGAUUUCGGAUUCCACAAGUAAAAAUUUCUCGGAUUCCGGAAUCCAGAUUCCUUUAUUUGGGGCGACACCAUGGUUUUUAUCCCUACUUUAUCCCCAGGAAGCAUUGAUCGAAUAGCGUGGGCCAAGUCAGUGGGUCCUCAGCUAACGUCUAAAUGAGGCUUAGUUUAUAUAUAUUCUAAGGUGAUCUUGACUCUGAUAUCGCAGCUCAGCAUAUAGAAUGAGAAUGGCCCUGGUUCAACAGCCUCUAAGUCUCUUAAGAUAGAAAGGAAUGAAAAAUGAUUAAGGAACAAGUUGCAAUACGUUAUUUUACUUGAAAACUUGUCCGUCACAUAUAACUGUCCAAUAAUCAUUUACUAUCAUGUACACAUAUACCCUUCAAAACUAGUAAUAAUUUACCUAUACAACUGAUGCAAGUGAAAUUUAGCAGAAUAAUGCAUAAUGGUUUAAGCAGAUUUUUAACGUUUCGAUUCCUUGCAGAGUUGACCGUUACAUCAAAAAUUAGUUGUUUUAAUGGUAAAUAAUAGCGACCACUUUAAGUUACUGCAGUACAGCUCAUCACAGUCACCACUCUCCAAUAAUUUAUUACUGGAAGACAGAAAGAAACUAUUCAUCGUUACAAUCUAAACAGUACACGGUGUAACCAAAGGAGAUUGAUAAUACAUGCAAGUUCCGUAAGCACGAUACCAGUUGUCGUUGUUUUAUUUUAAACGUUGUUAUCGCUAUAAAUGUUGUUUGUUUUCAAGUAUUGUCAGGAAAACAUAGCUUAUUAAGUUUCCUUAACCACGGCCUGUGAAGUUGGCGGGAUUAGUGGGCGAGUGCUCUAGGUUUCGGACGGUGAAGCCAUUCGUGAAGAUUGGGACAUGAAUCGAAAUUGAAAGUUUCCCUCACGGUUUUGCCGCUUCAAUUGCUCAGCGGAGCCGCCACGAAACUAUCCAGGGCACAACAAUCCCGCUAGCUACGCAGGCUACAGUGACUAUUUAUAUCAGCUUGAGUCAGGGCAAAAAUCUUGAAAAUAAUAGAGUGUUAAUAAUAAUAUUAAUAGUCGUUAGAGUGGGCACAUGUCACUCAACGCUGACCGAAAGAAACAG